AUGGCUCAAUACACAGGCCUUGAAGCUGCUUCUUGGAAGGACUUAAUUAAAAAUUGGUGGCAGUUUAUUCUUGUUGCAUUUAUCCUUGCCUCUGUCGGUCUUGGCCUGAGCUUCAUCUCUUAUCUCGCACUCCAGAGUUCAAUAAAAAAAUACCGAACCUGGAAAUCCGCAAGACACACAGUCUCCGCGUCCAUCAAGAAGUAUCUUGCCGAGACUCGCGCAGAACUAUCACAUCAUAAAGUCGCCGGUGUCGAGAAGAAGCCUGAAAGCUUUGGAGUAUACCUGGGGAAAGUCAAUCAUACGCCAACAAGUGAUGAACUGCGAUUGUUAGCACAAUGGGACCUUCUUGUUGUAGACGCCUUUCAAGAGAACAUAAUUCAUGUUCUCUCAUGUGGGCUAUACCACAAAUCAUCCCUAGUUUUAGCAAGACUUGAUUUAAGCAUUAUCGUCCCGCAUCAAUGCAAACAAUCAGCAGCACUCGAAAGUGCUGUUACCUGGAUCACUAGGCUGCUAGCUUUAUCCACAGCGCCAGGGCGUGAUUGCCAAUUUUCCGGAAUUUUGAUUAGCAACUGGAACGAUCAAUUCCCAAGCCCAUUGCUUAUCGAGUUCAUUACCUUCAUUCACAGACUCGGAUUUCAGAUCUACCUUGAAACAUCUUCUCCUGGGUUUUUGCGUGAUCCUAAAGUUGCAGAACUGGAUGAAGUGGCGGGACUAGUGAUAAGAAAUGGCACGAUAUCGACAAAUGGGGAUGAACGAGAUGCAUUUCAGAUGCAAGAGAUGAGACCGACCAUCAAAGCUUUUGUUUCUCAAGCAUGCCUCAGACCUUUCGUGGUUUGCUUGUGGGAAACUCUAGAAGAUGAGAUAAACCCGACGAAUUCCGUCGUUAGGAGAUCAUACCAGUGGUCAAAAUUCUAUAGCACACUAUCACCAUGGAUUGGGUCAAGGUCCGAUUUGACUGUAGCAACUCAUGGCAUAGGACAGAAAGAACCUUUAGGAGCCUUUUCUUGGCUCAAGGAGCCUGGGGUAAUGGAGGCACAUAAAAGAUGGCGUCUGAACCACACUAUUGCCAACGAAUAUGUAUCGGAAAUCUCGCAUCUAGCCGACGAUCUUCUUGGCGCCCUUUCCAUUGAAGUCGACCUCCAGCCAUCGAGCAAAUCUACCCAGCUACCGUUCAUCGAUGUAGAUCUUGAACUUCCUUCAAGUACUCUGGAAACAUAUUUGGACUUACGCGGCCGUUCUUCCGAUUGUAACCUGCCCGGGUUUUCUAGUAGAUCACUCACUCCGACAGAGUCAAUCCUAACCAUUCCCGCACAGAGCCGUAGAUUAUCUGAGGGUCCAUAUUCUUAUCUCAAUCAAACGCCUGGAAAUCCAAUCUCAACAUCUCCUACGGGGUCUUCGCAUGAUUUUCUUGGAUGUUUUCCACUUGGGGUACACGCUUCUAGAAAAUCUUUCGAUGAAAUCCUCCAAUCACAAAAGAAACUAAAAUCUCUUGAUCUUCUUGAACCGAUAGAAAAUUCUCUGUUGAGAGACAUUGGUGGGAAGCUAAGCGGAUUUUGUAAUGCACAAGAUACAGUUGAGCUUUCGGCAUGGCACGCGGCGAUACAGGAACUUGCGAGUCAACUUUCUGGUUUAGCCGAUGAUUCCGCCACCACAGACUUGAUCAAAGUGUACAAAGGCCUUGAUUCGGGAUUCCAGUUCCAGGAUGAAAUUCGAUACUGGGCAGUGUUUGCGUUUGAAGAACGGUCCAUGCUUGAUAUUUUCAUGUCACGAAAUGUUCAAGACCUUGGUGGAACAAUUCUGCACACAUUCUUAUCAAGUCGUGGCUGUCCCCGCCAUGAAUCUUUUGAAGCAGAGAGGGGAUUUUGGGAGUGGUCGGCACCUUUGAACUCUUACUUACCUCCACGAUUACUCAAUGAUAUAAGUUCGCUCUCUCCUUCAGAGCUACUGAGAUUCGUCCAAACAUUGCAGCUAUCAUCGGUUAAGGGUAAUGGAGACUUCAUCGAUUCGAUAAUAUUCGCAUGCGAGAGGCAGUUGCUAGAUGCCACAGAUUUCACCCAGAUAAAAGAUGCUUGUUCUGUUGGUUAUCUGGGAAAUCAGAAAUCUCCACAAGACCUGAUAGCAUUAAGAAUAAAAUGGCAUGCGGACAACCACUCGCAGCAUCCUUCCGAGGAGAAUGCCUUGGAUGUCUUCAACCAGGUCAAUAACUCAAUCACCAUAAUACUGAAGGAAAGAAGGUUGAAUACUCUUCAGGUUGUCACGAAGACCCUAAUUGAAAUUCUCGGGGCAAAGAAGAUUGAUGCUCGCGUUGAUAUUAUUUGCCUUGCGUUAUUUUCUGUAUUUCGAAAACACGCCUUUGACGAAGCUUAUGUUGAGGUUACAGAUAGGAACACCUUAUUCAACGAUCAGAGUGAUCAGGCAGCUGCAUUCGCGGAGCUCUUUGCAACGGGUGCUCGAUGCGAAUCUUACUUCGAUAUGACUCCUAGUUCCUUCGGUAAACUAUUAUCGGAUCGGUAUCGGACCUGUCAUCACAAACCCGGCCGGGAGCCUCCAAUUUGGACUGAUGCCGAUCCGUCAACUCCCUCAGCUUAUGCGGCGGCGAAAAUUGAUAUUGGGGAUUUCAAGAGCAAACCACUAUCUGGAACAAUGAGAUUUACCUUUUUGAGUGUUUUCGCAAUACCAGCACUUUUGGACAUCUUGCUGUUGACAAGUACCGGGAAAGGUCUCUAUUUGAGUGGGAACAUGAGCCCUACAGCCCAGCACUCUGCUACAUUGGCUUUGAUGAUUUCUCUUCUGAUAUCAGGCAUAUGUGGUACAUGGAUAACUUGCGGUGGUGCUUACUAUCUGAUUUCCAUGGCUUUCUCUGCAAUGAAUUUAUUCAUUGCGACGAGACUCAUUGGCGGUAUUGCCUUUUCACUUGUCAUUGCCGUGCUUGGCAUGAUUGGUCUUGGUAUCAAAGAUGGUAUCGUUGCAGGAGUUGUGUUUUUCUUGUACUUGAUUGCACUGAGCACUUAUUUGUCACUGCUUGCAACUUUGGCUAAUUUCUCUUAUCCUGGUACUACUUUUCAAUCUGGGCGCCCGGUAAUUCUCAUGAUUAUCCCUUUCUUAUUCAUUUCACCAAUCACGACAAUCUUCGUUCCUGGCUACGACAUUUAUAUCUAUUUGUCAGUUUUGUAUGUCUUCAUUCUUUUGCUAGCUUUGGGAACUCGUCAUAUCGCCUCUAAAUGGACUACGUGGCAUCAAAAGAUUGAGAAUAUUAGUGACAAGGCUCUAAAAGAAUGGUAUCUUAAGACUCACAAAGGGGGUGAUGACCAUGCAUUUGAUGGGAUGACCGACCCCGCGGCCCUAAAGAUUUCAAGGACUGCAAUGAUCGAGGCGAUAACGCAAGUACGAAGUGGCUUUCGACACAAAUGUCAGGACUCGACCGUCAAGUCUUUGGCGGACAGUUACGAUGCCACCAUAUUCCUAUUACAAUGGUAUUCGGGUUACUCAGGAACACCACUACCAAUGCCAUAUUCAUCAACUUGGAACAUGCAAAUCAAGGUUGCCCUUGAUACCCUUAAGCAGAUGCAAACAGGCCUCAGAUUACAUAAUGCUUUUAUACACUGGCGUCAAGCUGGCGAUGAAGUUGGGUGUAGUCUUCUCUAUUUUAUCGUAGCGCUUCUCGACAAAUGGAACUCGCUUCUUGCUGGUGGACGUGUUCUAGGACUAUCAGCACAGAACACAAAAUAUCGAAUGCCCGUUGGCUUUGCUCUGGCUUAUUAUUUGAUAGGCGCAGUUCUUCUGGAUCUCAAUGCCGCAAAACUUCAUACUAUGACGGCACAGAGUCAAAAUAUGCUGAUCGGCAACGUCUCUUCAAUUUCAGACGCAGUGAAUGCGGGCGUCAAGGCCCGAAGACACUUGUACUGGAAUAUGUUGGGACGGUUUUCAUUAUUUCAUGUUUGGAGCUUAGCUGUAGCUUCUAGUCUUCUUUGGGUGUUCGACAGUUCGGAGGCCUCCACGCUUCUUUUUGUCGCAUAUGUUGGGGCGUACACCGGUCUACUCUUCUACCAGUACACAAAGAUUUUCUCGGGCCCUCGAAGUCUCAAACCCCUUCUCAUAGCUGCUUCAGUUGGCCUUCCUCUCGGACAAAUCCUCAGGCACUUUCUUCCACAAUUCGAGUAUUGCGAUGUGGUAGCGCUUGCAGCAGCUACGUGGACGGCAGCAUUUUUGUCUCUCUAUUACGCAGGGAUCAGGGCAAAACCAAUCGAUACUAUGGACUCAGAAGGUCGUGCUGGGAACAAGAUAUCACAAGACAGAUCUUUUCAUGAAUUUACCAGUCCAGGUCGAGAAUUGUUACUAUCUCAAGACGAACUUCGCAUCACUUUCGAGAACCUUGAUGCACUUAGCGAUGACGAAAAAUAUGAAGUCGAUCCUACAACGCAUCCAGGUUUGGAAAUUAAGUCGAUCCUGUUUCAUGCUAUUGAAAUCUUUGAAGAGAUCAAAGGAAGCUCUGUUGAUUCAAUUCCAAAUUUUGCUUUGAAAGCAUUCCCGGAAGCAAAAACAUUGUUAUUGGAGGCCAUCACAGCAUUUGAUAGUGGAAAAUUUGUGGUCGAAUGCGUCUCCAUGUCUAUGUUUUCUGAUGAAUUCAAGGAUAUGAAGGCAGUUAGCUGUGACUCCAAUGAUUUUAUGAGGGUCAUUGUCGGUUGCGAAGCAAUGGAUGCAAUGGAUCAGCAAUCAAGCAUCAGUAUAUUCUGUCAGACAACUGCGGAGAUACUCCUUCAUAUCACAGCUGAAAGUUUCCAAAAGCUUUCACACGAAGAUGCUACACUUUUAGAGUCAUUACUGUCUUCCGUUUCACCAUCAGGCUUGUUAGAGCACACUCUUAUACCUCAAGGUCUACGGAACUUUUUGAACUUCUCGAAGCCUUCGCGAACACAUGCAGAAAAGAUUGCAAGUUGUUUUGAGGACGAUAUUCUGCGCCAUACGGCAAUUGGAUAUAACCCAAACAUUGAUUGGGAAAGUCUGCCUACAGAAAUUCGAGAACUCAUUCUCGACAGAUGCACACGGCAGGUUGAUACAUUGACGACUGAGCAGCAUAGUUGGGUACGGACAAAUAAACUUAAGGGUUUGUCUAUGAACACAUUCCUAACCCGCCGCAACUUCGGUGCCUUCGUUGCAUCUGAAAAGAAGCGAUACACAUUGGAGUUCGCGAAAACUGCUCCUAUAGAGAGGUCUGACCGGCACGAAAUGUCCAAUAUCCUGAGUUUAUUCGGAAAGACCCGAACACGGGGGAAGACAUCGAAGAUACUCACGCGGCGUUUGAAGUCACCAUUCAGUAUAGUUUAUCAUACAAUUGGCCACUGUCUUAAAUUAUUCGCAAUAGCAUUCGUGGCAGAACCGGAAUUGCAAAGAGAGCUCGACUAUACCAUGAAGUCAACCCCAUGGUAUAUACGAUCGAGCGUCAUGUUCUUGGUAACAGGCAUCUGGUCAUAUGCAAAAUUUCUGCAAGAUAUCUUAAUGCCAAUGUUUUUACUCUAUGGGAGAAACAAUGUUGACAUUCUCUGGAAACAGAUACAAGGGACGAGAGUAUCACUAAAGCGGCAGAAAAUAAUGAUAGACAGUACUGGAGGAUCUUCGACGGCAUUUGUUCGAGUCCCAGAUACAGCCAGUAUCACUGGAAGUCAUCUUACCGGUAGUACUGAGGAAGAAACCGAUGCUGUACAAGAAUCAUUACUUGGUUCUGGCAUAUGCGAGCUCCGCCAGUAUGGUGGCGUCCUGGACCAAGAGCCAGCCGAUGGAGCUAAGCUUGAGCGUAUCAGCAUGUAUAGCAAGGAUCUUCUUCUUUUACGCAGAGAAGACUACGUCAAAGGCGCAAAGGCUAAUGUUUAUGAAUAUGAGUACGAUUUGGAAAGUGUUCCAAGACAGAGAUUAACUAAGACACGUCGUCGCUAUCCGAUUUCGCGGCGAUGUGUUGAAGGGAAGAACGAGUUUGAACAAGUCUCUUUCAACAGUCAAGGUCUUGUUCAAAGUGGAUCAUAUAUUCUUGAUGGCAAUCUGGUACGAUUCAACUGCCAUUAUCGACAAAACAGCGAUUUUGAUGACGAGCUGUUAAGAGCAGAAUUCGUCUUACCGCAUAUGUUCUGCAUGGUUUCAUGGGCAGCACCACCUGCGAAACAUCAAGAAAAGUUGGACACAUGGAUACCCCAUUCGCAAGUUCUUGAGGCUACAUUCGUCAUCGGCCCAGAUGUAUAUGAGGCACAAUGGUCGUACGAUCAUAAAUAUCAUCCCACCAUAUUUACAACAUUGAAUGGCGAACCCGUCGACACACCGGCGCUGAUACAAUGGGAUCAUCUCGGAGUCCUUAAAAAGCCCACAAACUAUACAUUUCGUCACGAUGAUCACAUGGUUGGCUUUAAAUCACUGCGCUCACAUGCUCUCCCCAGAUGGCUAGGCAGGAACACCCACCAAAAUCCAGUCUCUACUUCGCGAGCUAGAUCAAGACUUUGGCAAGCAUGGAAAAAUGAUUCCGCUUUUGAUGGUGUGAUAAUGAGAUGGCUCGAUGAAAGACUUAUUCGAAAGGAACCUAUGUUGCGACCGUAUUUCCGAAGGCGUGAUCACGGUAACCUCAAGUCAGCCGAAGAAUAUUUGCAUGAGAACGCAGAUGCAAUUAUGGCCGUUGUCGAUCUUGAUAAAUCUAUUUCGGGGUGGGCCCCACUUGCAUUCCAGAUUGCUGACUUGUAUGCAUUUGGACAAGGAGGUUCUGCCAAUGCUCGCACCAGGUCCGCUCCGGAUUUCAGGAGUGACGAGCUUCAUGUUCUAGCCGCCGACUCUGGAACCUGGCCUAAUGAAGGAGGCGGAGUGUCUGCAUGUCGACGAGAUAUGGUGAAUAAUCUCAAAGCUGCGAAGUGGUAUAUGAUUGCAGAAUCGGCGAAUGAUUUCGGAGUGCCUAAACACCAAACGCAGGAGAACGUUCAGACACUGAAAGUCAUUCCAAUCUGGGGGCUUGAUUUCAUGACACCAACUCAUGGAAUAUUCAGAGAUCGAUUAGACUCGGAGGUCGUGCAUGCUGUGAGAGAUGCGACAAAAUUGGACAUCGAGAAGAAUUUUGUCCCGAUCCUAAAAGCACUAGUGAAAGGGGCUAGGACGAGCCAAUAUUCGAAGAGUGACAUCCUCCAGUCAACACGAGCUUUAGUCAAUCUGAACGCAUACUUCUCCCAGGGAAAACACUGGACGGGCGUUUGGAACAGUAGAAUCGUAAAAACUGCAUGGCGAAACCUAUGGAUAUCACAAGACCUCGUGAGUCCAACACCUUCGGAAGGCUGGUUUCAGACUGAGAUACCUACGAUAGCGCAACUUGACGCCGCACUCGACCUUUGGUUUCGUUACCUGUUCAUAUUUUCCCUUCCACUGCCCGAAAAGAUACCGGCCAUCUUUCAGGCGUCACACCAUUCCGUUAGUGCUUCAUAUGGGGUCGUGUGCAAGGUUGCUAGGGGAAGCACAUUGCAAAUUUGGGACCACGCUAUCAGCUGGCGUGAGACAAACCUCUACCUCUCUUCAGAUCUCUGUUCCCUACCGCCAUUUGUUAGAAAUUCGUUACUCGGGCUUAUGAAGCUUACCAGUCAAUUAACACUCCACCACGCUGAUGUAAUUCUACCUUGCGCCGACUUUUUCAACCCCGGAUGGGAAGUUGAGAUAGGAUCACACCAAGGCAAGCUAGAACAUCGAAAUAUUUUCAAACGCAAAAUCGAUCCUGUUGUCAAUGGUAUCCCGCCCGCGGACAUCUCAAAAUUCAGUCCGAUUAAGGAGACAACUUCACCUCUACCAACGGUCACCAUGCUGUCUCAUGUGUGGUAUGCAAAAGACAUCAAAACAGCUAUUCUAGCUGCCGAUAUCAUUGUGAACGUGUGGGGAUUCAAGGACUACCGUCUCGAUAUUUACGGCGCAAUUGACAAAGCACCACAAUAUUCGACAGAUUGCUUCGAAAUAUUAGCAUCCAAGUCCCUUCCUGGGUAUGUCAAUUUGUGUGGAACUGCAAGUCCAACUGAUGUGCUCAAGAAAACUUGGGUCUUUCUCAAUUCUUCCAUAUCUGAAGGACUUCCCUUGGCACUUGGAGAAGCUGCAUUGACUGGUGCGCCUGUCGUCUGUACAGAUGUCGGAGCUUCUCUUCGCGUACUCACAGACUUCAAUACUGGCGACUGUUUCAGUGCGGUGGUAGCCCCAAAUGAUGCGCAAAGUCUUGCAAGAGCACAAAUUAAUAUGCUUGCCCUCCUGGAUGAAUGGGCCCCUUAUGCAAAUGAUUCUGAGGGGUACAAACCUCCUUCCAUCAUCGACAAACCUACUCCGGAAGAAGUUGCAAUCAUUACGAAACGAAUGUACGAGAAGAAAAGUGAACUCCGAGCUCUUGGAAUGCGAAGUCGAGAGAUUGUUCAGAAAUCAUUUGGAGGAAACAGGUAUCUCAGAGAACACGAGCAAAUGCUCUGGAUUGGAAAAUCUCGCUACGACUUGAAAUUCCCCUCACAACAAACAAGGCCAAGACUAAGACCUGCGAUGGCAUCGCUCCCAGUGGCAAGCAAUAUGUGGGGUCAAGCAUCCGUACCAUCAGCACUACAGGCCCGACCUCUCCGACCAUCCAUCUUCCGAGGAUCCAGUAUUAUGGCACGUUCCAUGCAGGCCUCAACAGUGGUACCAUCUCCUAGGAUCGAAAGACCCAUGUCUCUUAUGGGCUACGGCAGUGGUAUUAAGGGUCUUCAAAACAUCAGCGAUUACUUCACUGGUGGUUAUCAAACGGGCGAUAGCAAUAUCUCCACUCCUGAUGUACAAUUCCUGACACCUCCUCGUUUCCCUCAUUCGUCCGGUACCAAUUCCACUAGAAGUCAGUCGCCAAUGAAGAAAGGUGCUCGACUUACAAUGCUUUCGAGAGGCAGCACUAGUUAUGAUACCAGGUCUGAGAGCUCAUCGUUGAUGGUACCUACGAAACAAUUACCUGGAGAAGAUUCGUUUAUUCGAGAUUUAAAUACUGCUCUGGAGCGCGUGUAA